CUGACGCUGAGCGGAAAAAGUUGAAGGUCACGGAUGAUGAUCGUAAGACGAAGCCCUCUUCCUCCAUUUCCGAGAAAUGGCCGUCUGAACCGAGUCGUGAAGAGCGUGCACUUCUUAGGGCACACGAGAAAGAGCGCAAGGAGGAAAAGGAGUCACUCCAGAAGGAAAUUGACAAGAUGAAGCUUGGCUGUGAGAAUGACGCUAUACGACUCGAACGUAAACAACGAACACAAGUUUUGGGCAAGUCUGAAGAAGAUACAAGGAUAAAAAGAAAAGCUCGCGCACGCAUAGCAAAAGAGCUCGAGGAGGAACGUGGGAGGGCCAUAAAGCGACAAUUCAGAUACGAUGUUAGCAAGUGUUAAGGCCCCAGCACGAAAAUGAUGUUGGUUUCGAUUUAUAACAACUUCUAGCAUAAGCAUCGUUGGGUAAGUAAGUAUCUUUAUUGUGGGCUUGUUCUUGGUUCAAAAUACAAAUAGUUCCUAAGAUUUGGAACUAUCUCGAGAGAGGCAAUUGGAGGAGCUUCGCAAGCGAGAGCGCCUUGCCAAACACAAGGAGGAAGGCAAAGCCUACCGCGAGGAAGUGCGCAAGGCUGAGAGGCUGCGGGAGCAAGAGAGACUACAGAAGAAAAAGGAGUAUGAGAGCGGACGACAGAAAAAGAUGUUGGAACAAGAUGAAGCUGUGGCUCCUACGAGGAAAGAACGGCGUGGACCUAAGACAAUGAUAGGAGAAAACAAAGACUAUGGGGAUUCAAAAGCGCUACGUGGAUCGAAGUCUUCUGUGCAAAAGCGAGAUGAUGAGGACGCACGUGAACCCGUUACAGCAUCUUCUUCCCUGUCAAGGGCAGACCAUGUCUUGCUCGAGCCGCUGCAAGAUCUGGCGUCUAGUAAGGAGUCGCGAGUGGAAGCGUGCGCACCACCAUUUGACAGCAAGAAGAAUGAGGAUAAAGAUAAGUCACCUCGAGGAACUGGCAAUGUAGUUAGCCCUUCUGCCGAAGCGGAUAAUGUCCUUGACAAGGACGCGGACCCGAUAGAAAGGACGCACAAGGGCAAGGUGCUUCCCCGGACCGAAGUCAUUAGGGAGUCUGUUAUUAGAGAGACGCAGCUAAAAUGUGGUGAAAAGGCUUGUGCUGCUCAAAUUGUUGCUGCUGAACUACAACCUACAGCUGGGCAGAUUUCGACAGAAGGCGCACCGGGCGAGGCGGCGUCUAUAUCCAAGAAAAAUCAAAAUCAAGGUGCUUCUAAUAUUGAAAAAACUAGAGAACAGCGACUCAGAGAUAAGCGAGUAGUGUCGGCGAAGCGUCGUGGCAUCGUCUCAUUGCCCACUGUCGAAUGCUUACACCCGAUGAGCGAGCCGGCUGCGGGAGUGGGCGAGGACGUUGUGGACACGAAAGAGGAAGAAGCACAGCAAGAUGCUGAAGAGGCGACAGCCGAAGGUUCAGCUACACAGUCCUCCAUGAAGCCCGCGGAGCCUGGCGUUGUAAAUGCAGCAGAUUGUGCAGACAGUGAAGAGCGUAGUCAAGAAAGUGGCGCGAAAGUGAAUGGUAAAACAGGCGAAGACGGCGGGAAGAGAGAACACGGAAGCGACGCGCCUGCGGCUGUUGACGCUCCACGACAGGACGACCCGACCGACGCCGACGAGGCAA